AUGGCUGGCCUCACUGCGCGGGAGACGGACAAUUCUGUUGGCCGUAAUGAUAUCAUUGCCAUGGUGUACCUCUUCCAGAUCGGAUACUCGUCUACAUGGACGCCCUUAUCGUUCUCUUACUGCGCCGAGAUCCUCAACUUUACCAUCAGGGCCAAGGGCAUGGGUAUCUACAGCGUGUUUACUUCGUCAGCCGGCUUCUUCAACCAAUACGUGAUCCCCAUCGGUUUGAGUGGCAUUGGAUGGAGGUUUUACAUCGUCGGUACUCUCUGGAAUGUCUUUGUCGCCAUCGUCAUCUUCUUCUACAUGGAGACACGUGGUCUCACACUGGAACAGAUCGACCAGCGUUUCAAGGGUGUCCCCCGUGACCAGCUUGUUGAUAUCACCCAGGUCUAUUAUGGAGUGAAGCCUAUUACAGAGGGGGAGUUGGGGAGCAAUGCAAAGCUGGAAACCAAUGCAAAGAAGGAUGUGAAGAACUCUGUCGAGCCCUCGCAGGCUUGA